AUGGUUGGAAAAACUAAUAAGAAAAGUAGUGGUGGUUCAACAGUGGCAGCUAAAAAGAAGAAUGAUGCUCCUACCAAAACAAGGUCAAAACCAACAACAUUGUCAGAUGAGAUCACACAAUUAGUAAGCGAUAAUGCACCAAAGUCAUUCGAUCCAGAAAGUGCAGAGUUUGGUGAUGUUAGUUUAUAUAAACCAACCGAUGAAGAUUUCGGUGAUAUCAUGGAUGAUAACAAUCAAAAUGUUAGAAUCAGAGGUGAGAUACCAUCAGCUUUUACAACUGGAAAAUACGCUGGAAAGAAAUCAUCUAGAAAAGAAAACGAUCUUGAAGAAGAUGAAGACGAAGAAGAAGAUUUUGAUGAUGAUGUUGAUAAUCAAGAUGAUAUCGACGAUGCAUUUGAAUUUGAAGAUAGAGUUUUAUCAUCAAAUACAAUUGAUGAAGCAGAUAUUCUUAUGAAACAAUUGGAACAAGAAGGUGAUGAACAAGAUGACGAUGAAGAUACCGAACAACCAAAAUUAGUUAGUAAGAAUUCAGCUAUUUCAGCAUUGGAGGAAUUAGAGAAAGCAAAGAAUACAAAGAAUCAAACCGAUCUGUUCGAUGAGUUCCUGACAACUAGAAUUCAUUUACAAAAGACUAUCGGUAUUGCCAAUAGACUUCCAAAACCAGUCGAUCACAAACUGCUGCUUCAGGACGAGGAGAUUAAGCUCAAGUUUGAAGAGGCUGUCGGAGAGGCCAAGUCGUUGCUGGGCGACUUGUUCUCGCUGCAGAGUGAACUUGUAUCGAGAAACUCUGAGAUACAGCAACACAAACAACAGUCAAACAAACGUCUCAGAGAAUCUGAUACUCUCGGUGAUAUUUGGACACACAUAGAGGAGCAGAACACUCGUCUUUUCAAGUUUGCCGGUGAGUCGAUCGAGAAGUGGAACAACCGUGUCAACCUCACAGUGAACACUGGCAGCGGCGGUUCGAAAUCAUCAAAGAAUCUCAAAUCGAUCAAUCAAUCCAUAAUGACACAAGUCAACAAUACAUUGAACGAUAUCGAAAGACUACAUAAACGUACACGUCUAAAGAGAUCACAAUAUACAAUUUUUGGUCAACAACAACAACAACAACAAAAUAAUAAUAAUAAUAGUAAUGAUAAAAAGAUUGAAGAAUAUGACGAUGAAAUAUUUGAUGAUACAGAUUUCUAUCAAGUUUUAUUAAAAGAGAUUGAAAAGACAAGUACAAAUGAACAAGAGAUUGGUUCGCAAUACUGGAAGGAGAUGCAAGCAUUGAAGAAGAAGAACAAGAAGCGUCCAACCAACAACAAAGCAUCCAAGGGAAGACAACUCCGUUACGAAACCUUUACAAAACUCGAAAACUUUAUGCCACCCGUACCCGCACCACUACCACCUUGGAACCUCGACGAUCUUUUUUCAAAUCUUUUUGGUGGUAUCGGUGUUGGUGAUGCCAUCACCACUGGUGGUCCAUCAUCCAACUAG